GAUCAAGAUCCAUACUUUCGUAUGACGAGAGAUGUAGCACCACGUCUUGGCUAUCACAAACCAGCACUCCUUCAUUCAACUUUCUUUCCAGCACUUCAAGGACCACAAUCCAAGAUGUCUGCCAGUGAUCCAACAUCGUCCAUCUUUCUUACGGAUACUCCAAAGGAAAUUGAGCAAAAAAUCAACAAGUAUGCUUUUUCUGGUGGAUGUGACACAAAAGAAGAACAUGAGAAGCAUGGUGGUAACACUGACGUUGAUGUCUCUUAUCAAUACUUGACCUUUUUCAUGGAGGAUGAUGAACGUCUGGCAGAGAUAAAGAAGAAUUAUGAGAGUGGAAAACUGCUUACUGGACAACUCAAGAAAGAGCUUAUUGGUGUGCUUCAAAAGCUUGUUGGGGAUCAUCAGGCAAGACGUGCUGAGGUGACUAUGGAUGUUGUGAAGCAGUUCAUGACUCCUCGUCCUCUAAAUUUUAAGCUGUCUGCUUAAGGAUUGAAUCUGAGUGAAUAGUUAGCCAGCUUAUGCUAAUUAGUUAUAGUGUUUUUUAUAGUAACAGAAACUAUAUUUAUGAUUUGAUUUGUUUUAGUUAGUUUUGAUUCUUAUUUGAA